AUAAUUUUUGCAUCAGAAAAUGAAUCAACACCGCAAAACGGGACAGAUGGGCUUCACAUUGUAACGCCAGGCAUUUGCACACUUCCCUAUAAAAUGUUACCGACAAGCAAUGCAUUUUGGUGUGAGAACUGAGAGAGGGACAACAACACAGUUCAACGUUAUCCCGCUGCAAUGGCUGGGGUUGUCGAAAAUCAUCACCAAUCCAAAGUUGUCAUAGCUGAUGAUGAAGAGGUGGAUGAUUCUCCUAUUGAGCAAGUGAGGCUUACAGUUCCAAUAACCGAUGACCCAACACAGCCAGCACUGACAUUUAGGACAUGGACUUUGGGGUUGGCAUCAUGCAUUAUCCUGUCAUUUGUGAACCAAUUCUUUGGUUACAGAACCAACCCUUUAUUCAUUUCUUCUGUGUCAGCUCAGAUUCUCUCUCUCCCACUUGGGAAAAUGAUGGCUGCAACACUUCCCACCAAGCCAAUUCCACUCCCUUUUACAAAAUGGUCUUUUUCUUUGAACCCUGGUCCUUUCAGUUUGAAAGAACAUGCACUUAUCACCAUCUUUGCUAGUGCUGGAUCUAGUGGUGUUUAUGCCAUUAACAUUAUCACAAUUGUUAAGGCUUUCUACCACAGGAGCAUCCAUCCACUGGCGGCUUUUUUGUUGGCCCUCUCAACCCAGAUGCUUGGUUAUGGAUGGGCUGGGAUUUUCAGAAAAUUCCUUGUUGACUCCCCUUACAUGUGGUGGCCUUCAAAUCUCGUCCAGGUGUCUCUAUUCAGGGCGUUUCAUGAAAAGGAGAAAAGGCCUAAAGGAGGCAAUACUAGGCUGCAAUUCUUUUUCCUGGUCUUUGUAUCAAGUUUUGCUUAUUAUGUAAUUCCAGGCUACUUCUUCCAGGCAAUAUCAACAAUAUCCUUUGUUUGCUAUAUCUGGAAAGAUUCUGUCCUUGCUCAACAGAUUGGUUCAGGCAUGAGAGGCCUUGGCAUUGGCUCAUUUGGCCUUGAUUGGAACACAGUUGCUGGCUUUUUGGGCAGUCCUUUGGCUGUUCCUGGCUUUGCCAUCCUCAACAUGCUGGUUGGAUUUGUGUUGUUUAUUUAUGUUCUGAUUCCGAUUGCCUAUUGGAAUAACUUAUAUGAUGCCAAAAAGUUCCCCCUUAUUAGUUCUCACACCUUUGAUUCCACUGGUGCAACAUAUAAUGUCAGUCGGAUUCUGAAUGCUAAGACUUUUGAUAUUGACAUAGAUAAUUAUAACAAUUACAGCAAGCUCUAUCUUAGUAUCACAUUUGCAUUUGACUAUGGAUUGAGCUUUGCAACUCUGACCGCCACUAUUUCACAUGUUGCCCUCUUCCAUGGAAAAACGAUUUAUCGUAUGUGGACGAAGACAACAAGUGCACUAAAAGGAGAACUUGGUGAUGUGCACACCAGAAUUAUGAAGAGAAACUAUGAACAAGUACCUGAAUGGUGGUUUGUCAGCAUUUUAGUUCUAAUGGUUGUUGUAGCCUUGAUAACUUGCGAAGGCUUUGGCAAGCAACUCCAAUUGCCGUGGUGGGGAGUCAUAUUUUCUCUAGCAAUUGCAUUAGUUUUCACUUUGCCAGUUGGGGUCAUUCAAGCAACAACAAAUAUGCAAACCGGACUCAAUGUGAUUACAGAAUUGAUAAUUGGGUACCUCUACCCAGGAAGGCCCCUUGCCAAUGUAGCCUUCAAGACUUACGGGUACAUCAGCAUGUCACAGGCACUUGGGUUCCUUGGUGACUUCAAAUUAGGCCACUACAUGAAAAUUCCUCCAAAAUCUAUGUUCAUUGUGCAGUUGGUAGGGACAAUAGUUGCUUCAGGGGUGUACUUUGGCACAGCAUGGUGGCUUCUCUCAACUAUUCCAAACAUCUGUGAUGAAUCAGCAUUGCCAAAUGGUAGUCCAUGGACAUGCCCUGGUGAUGAUGUGUUCUACAAUGCUUCAAUCAUAUGGGGAGUAGUAGGGCCAAAGAGAAUGUUUACAAAGGAUGGCAUUUAUCCUGGGAUGAAUUGGUUUUUCCUCAUCGGUCUACUUGCUCCUGUUCCAGUGUGGCUACUUGCUCGCAAAUUCCCCAACCACCAGUGGAUUGAACUCAUCAACAUGCCCCUCAUCAUUGCAGGUGCUAAUGGUAUCCCACCAGCAAGAUCCGUGAACUAUAUAACUUGGGGGGUUGUUGGAAUCUUCUUCAACUUCUACGUUUAUAGUAGGUUCAAGGCAUGGUGGGCUAGACAUACAUACAUUCUUUCAGCUGCUUUAGAUGCUGGGGUUGCUUUCAUGGGUGUGUUGCUCUAUUUUGCACUCCAAAAUUAUAAUAUUCCUGGUCCAGCAUGGUGGGGUCUAGAAGCUGAUGAUCACUGCCCUUUGGCUAGAUGCCCCACAGCUCCAGGUGUAACUGCUCCAGGAUGUCCUAUUCACUGAAUUCUCAACAUAUUGGCAUAAUAUUGCUCAUAAAAAAUGUACAGAAUGUCUUGAUAUUAUUUAUUUUCUUUCAACAUAAUACCAUCUAUCUAUACUCGUUGUAGAAAUACAAUAGAAUAGAAAGUUGAACAAGCUGUACAGAAUUACAUUUUGUUAUUUC